AUGCGCCCCCAAAAGGUCCGAAGCUACGGCGUCGGGCAGCACGUGAAGCUUCCGGGCGCCUCCAAGGACUCCCCAAACGUGUACCAGUUUGGGACGCCCUACCGCACCAUAUUUGAGGACCUGAAGGGCAAGGACCCCGCGCUCUACACCAGAAACGGGCUGCUGAAGAUGCUGGAGCGGAACAUGGCCGUCAAGCAGGCGCCAGAGCGCUGGCAGCACGACAGGGAGCACCACUUUGAUGUGGCGGUCUGCUUUGAGGAGAAAGUCAUGGAGCAGGUGGUGGAAGACAUGCACAACCGCGAGCCAUCCACAAUGAAGCCGCUUCUCGUCAUCAACAUAGAUGUGAAAGACAACCACGAGGAGGCGGCGAAGGUGGCCCCGCAGACGCUCUGGCUCUGCCGGAAGUUGGACGCCUGCGACUCAUGGGAGGACGGGAUCGACGCGGCGCUGCUGGCGUUUGAGAAGGAGCACCGGCGGCGCGCCACGUACACCAUCUGCCACUACUGA